UAAAAAUAUGCGAGGUGUUCCGAUUAAUUGAUGAACAACAACAAAGUCAGGUGCACCACAAAGUCACAUGCAGACAGAAUAUCAGCUACCUUCCUGCCAUGAUGGAAACACCAAAGGCACAACUGUUAAACGACUCUGACAGUUAUGGAAUAUUUCCAGAAAGUGCAGACUCCAGUAAUAUCCAAUCUGAAUAUGAGGUUGCUGAUCCAUAUACACUCGCUCCAAAUACUCAGGAAGCUCAAGGUGUGUAUGUGGGAGUAAUUCGAGCCAGCACCAACUCCAGCAUCCCUCCUAUAAGGACCCAAGUGUACAAGCGCCGUUGGUAUAUUUUGUUGGUGUACUCCAUCAUGGCUGGGUGUCAGGGAUGCGCAUGGAACACCUGGGGACCCAUUGCUGCAUCUAGUGAAGAAGCCUUUGGGUGGGACGACGCUGAUAUAGCUUUGCUGUCUAAUUGGGGACCAAUCUCAUACCUGGCGUCGUCAGCAAUUUUUGCAUGGAUUAUAGAUGUAAAAGGGUUGCGUACAGCAAUGGUGAUAACAGGAUUUUUGAUAACAGCUGGAACAGGCAUCCGGUGCAUUACUAGUGAGCCCCCUUACGUCAAAUGGACAGUCAAUAUAGGACAGUGUUUGAAUGGCCUAGCAGGCCCAGUUGCCAUGGGACUACCACCUGUUCUGUCCUCGACCUGGUUUCCCACUCAUGAGAGAACUACCUCUACUGCUAUCACCCUCAUCUUCAACUAUGGACUCCUGGCUGUGUCGUUUCUCAUAGGACCAUACCUUGUAUCAGAUAAGCCACCUACCAACUCAACAGAGAACAACGCUGGAUUUUCAGAUUUCCUAGGAUCAAAUCAUACAGUUGUUGUGGAUAGGAUCGACAAGGAGCGUAAAGAAAUCAUGUUUCUACUUUAUGUUGAGUUUGGAUUUGUAGCCUUUGUAUACCUGUUAGUGCUGCUGUAUUUCCCUGCCAAACCCAAGAUACCUCCCAGUACCACAGCAUCUAUAGCAAGGAUGAAGUUUAAGACUGGAUUCAUCAAACUGCUCAAGAAUUCUAAGUUUUGGAUCAUAUGUUUAACCUAUGGAUUAUCCCUGGGUAUAUUCAGUGCCUGGCAGAGUGUCCUGGAUGUAAAUCUCAAGCCACAUGGGAUAUCUGAGAAUGAAGCUGGUUGGAUUGGGUUUUACUCUACUGUAUCAGCAGCCGGAGCAUGUCUCUUUGUUGGAAGAUUUGCCGACGUGUACACCAAACACAUGCGUCUGUUCCUGUUGGUACUGUACACGGGAGCUAGUCUAGCUAUGGCCUGGUUCAUUCUCCUCAUCAAUGGAUAUAUUCCUGAAUCUAAAGUUUCUCUGUAUGUGUCUGUGAUCCUGUCCACUGUCCUCAUCACCUCCACGCCGGCUCUGUACUAUGAAAUGACAUGUGAGAUCACCUACCCUGUAGCCGAAGGCAUCACUAACCUCUGGCUCACCACCAUUAACAAUCUGGGCGGCUUGCUGUUCCUCUUUGUACAGAUGAUUCCAAAUAUAGGUACGGUCUGGGAGAACUGGUGUGUUAUUGGAGCCAUGGUAGCCUGUAUUCCUGUAUUGUGUACAUUUAAGGAGCGCUAUAACAGGUUGGAAGUGGACGAGGAAGGUGAAAAUCAAACCUGAAGUGAUGAACACUUGGAGAGCUGUACUACAAUUAUAUUGGAUAUCGACGACAUCGUCAUAUUCUUAUUUUUCAAGCGCAGCUGCACUACGAUCAUAUUGUGAUAUUAACGACAUCGUCAUGUAUUUUAUUUUCAAGCACUGAAUCUAUUUGUUGUAUAUUUAUAUACAUGUAAUUUUACAGAAAUGGGAUGUUUUUAUAGCAAUAGUAGACUUAUACAGCUACACAGGUUUUAUCAUAAUUUACCACAGGUGACAUGAAGUAAUUGGUCUGUUAAAAGCUAAGAUUUAUGGUUCAAUAUAAAGUUCAGCAGACGAUGUCAGCGUAUAGCAAGCGUGUAGCUUUUGUCAUAACACUUCACAUCUCACUAAACAAAUUAAUCUGUUGAAAAUAAUGGUCAUUUUCAUCAAUGUGCUUCCACAUUGUUGUUCAGUCAGUAUGUAAGUGCACUCCUGAAGACACAUUUGAACUCUUCCAAUUCAAUAGUUGGAAUAGUUCAUUAUUAAACUCCAGGGGUGAAUGAGUUGGGGUUUGGUUUUAUGCCAGUAAUACCCACAGAUUCCCUUCCAACACUCAGUACUGCAUAUGUUCUUUUGUUCUUUAACAUAAGUUUGGAAUAUUUUGGGGAUAAUUUUCCAGUUUUGUACUCCAGAAAAAUACAUAUCGGGCGCUUCCAUAUCUGAUCUGGAGGUCAUUUGUUUUUCUAAAAUAGGAUGCUGUGUAUGUGAGAGAUAGCUAGGCCGGACAUAUAGGGGUCAUAUCUAACAGAGGUAGAUUUGUAUGUAUGUGUACCAGGUGAAAUUAGAUUGUGUUUCAUGUUAAAAUUUUUAUGUGAUUUUAAAACUGACAUCUUAGUGUCAGUAAAUUUUAGCCUUGACCACUAGUAUAUAUAUAUGGACAUGUGCAACAUUUAAUUUACUUUCUUGAUGUGCAAUAAAUGAUAAUUUUAAUUUGGUGGCUGUUAUUCAGGUGUUUUAGGUAUAUUUAUUUGCAAGACUUUUUAUGUUGGGUAGUGUACAUAGUAACGUUGACCCAGUAUAUAGGUUAUGUGAUACUGUGGUAUCAUGUAAUGUUAGUGCAUAUUUUUUCAUGGCCGAGGUGGUCAGAAGCUCAUCAGAGUGCCAGUGAUGACAAACUUGUUAAAGCCUGGUAGGGAAUAGAAAUGUGUGUUAUAUAGGAUCAUAACAAUAUUUGUUAGAAUAUUCAUCAUUUAUAUUUAUACAUUUUGAUAGAGUUGUUAUGCUUUAUUUAGUCAUUUCAAACAGUUUUUGACCAGCAAAUCAACCGAAGUGUUGACGACAAUGAAAUUGAUGACGUCACAAUAGAGAUUGAUGACGUUUCAAAAGCAAAUGUUUUUAUAGUCUCAUAACAACACUUGAUCUUCACAAUGCAUUACAAUGGAAAGAUGCAGAGCAAAUGUAAAUAGUUUACGUUGGUGGAAUUAUUUGUUUGCUGAUUGCUAAAUAUGAAAUCUUUCCAGUCCACACAGAAGUACACAAACAAGAUUUACUUACAUGUGCCUACAAAUGUACACAAUGUACUUCCUCAUUAAACUUAUCUUGAAUCUACAUUUUGUCAUGACAUUUUU